AUGGCUUCCGCCGCCGCUCCCUCCGCCUCCGGCCACCUGAAAAUUCUGGCACUCAUCGUUAUUCUCGGAGCAUUAAUCCGGCACGGCGGCGGGGCUCGCGAGCCGUUUGCUUGCGACCCGAAUGACACGGCGGCGCGUGGGUUGCCGUUCUGCAAGGCGAGGCUGCCGAUACCGGAGAGGGUAAGGGAUUUGAUCGGACGCUUGAGAUUGGACGAGAAGGUACGGCUGCUGGUGAACAAUGCGGCGGCGGUGCCGAGGCUGGGGAUCAAAGGUUACGAGUGGUGGUCGGAGGCGCUUCACGGCGUCUCCAAUGUGGGCCCCGGAACUAAGUUCGGCGGCGAGUUACCCGGCGCCACCAGUUUUCCUCAGGUCAUCACCACCGCCGCUUCUUUCAAUUCAUCCCUCUGGGAAGCUAUUGGACGGUUCGACGGAGCGCCGUCGCCGUCGCAGCCGUACGGCAGAUUGGGCCCAAAGGACGUGUGCUCGCCGGCCCACCAACAACUCGCCCUCGACGCCGCCCGACAGGGCAUUGUGUUGCUCGAGAACCGCCGCUCUGCUCUGCCGCUGUCGGCAACUCGCCACCGCACCGUCGCCGUCAUCGGCCCCAACUCCGAUGCCAACGUCACCAUGAUCGGGAAUUACGCUGGCGUGGCAUGUGGGUACGUGACGCCGGUGGAAGGAAUAGCGAGGUACGCGGCGGUGGUCCACCGGAAAGGGUGCGACGACGUGGCGUGCGCGACGGAGGAUUCGUUCGGCGAGGCGAUGGCCGCCGCGGGCGCCGCCGAUGCGACGGUCGUAGUGGUUGGGCUGGACCAGUCGAUUGAGGCGGAGACGAGAGACAGAGAGGGGCUUCUGCUACCUGGACGGCAGCAGGAACUGAUUUCGAAGGCGGCGGCGGCUUCACGUGGGCCGACGGUGGUGGUUUUGAUGUCGGGAGGGCCGAUCGACAUGUCGUUUGCCAAAAAUGACCCACGAAUUUCAGCGAUUGUGUGGGUGGGGUACCCUGGCCAGGCCGGUGGAGCCGCCAUUGCUGAUGUUCUCUUCGGAACAACUAACCCAGGUGGGAAGCUGCCAAUGACAUGGUAUCCACAAUCCUACCUCUCAAACUUAGCAAUGACAAACAUGGCGAUGAGAUCAAGUUCAUCAUAUCCCGGAAGAACCUACCGCUUCUACUCUGGUCCAGUUGUCUAUCCAUUUGGCUAUGGAUUAAGCUACUCAAACUUCAUCCACACAAUCGUCAAAGCACACACCACCGUCGCGGUCCCUCUCGCCGGCCACCGUCGCACCCCAACCUCUACUGCCGCCCUCUCCGGCAAGGCCAUUCGGGUGACGCAUGCCAAGUGUCGAAAGCUCUCUCUAGUAAUUCACGUCGACGUCGCAAACAAAGGCGACAGAGACGGAUCCCACACGUUGCUUGUGUUCUCAACCCCACCCAUCGGAGGUGGCUCCUGGGCGCCGCGCAAGCAACUGGUGGCCUUCGAGAAAGUGCAUCUUGCCGCUGGGGCUCAGCAGCGCGUGCCAGUCCACAUUCACGUUUGCAAAUAUUUGAGUGUGGUGGAUAAAUCAGGAGUAAGGAGAAUUCCGAUGGGGGAACACCUUAUUCAUAUUGGUGAUGUUAAGCAUACGGUAUCGCUUCAAGCUAUCACAUUAGGUGUGAUCAAGACAUAAGAAAGGAGAAAUUGUACGAGGGACUAGAACAAUGUGGUUGGUAAUUCUAUAUGUUGUUAUUAUUUCAAACCGUUCGUUAUUAGGAGACAACCAUAUUGUAACGGUCAGUUAAAUAACUUUUCUCGUACCAUUUAUUGUAUUGAGUAUAGGAUGUGUAUUGUUCUUAUAGCCAAAAAUUAGAGGAGAUGAUGCCUAAUGGUUUGGCCCUCUAAAGAGAGGGGUUAAACUUAGGCAUGAAAAAGGUAACUUUACCGAAUGCCAUUAAGAUUGGGCAUUUGGGUGGGAGAAAUUUGAAUGAACCUUUUCUUAUUCUAAUAUACAUGCCCUUGACCAA